AACCAGGUCACUCACCACAGUAACCAGGUCACUCAACACAAGAACCAGGUCACUCACCACAGUAACCAGGUCACUGACCACAAGAACCAGGUCACUCACCACAGUAACCAGGUCACUCAACACAAGAACCAGGUCACUCACCACAGUAACCAGGUCACUCACCACAGUAACCAGGUCACUCACCACAGUAACCACGUCACUCACCACAAGAACCAGGUCACUCACCACAAGAACCAGGUCACUCACCACAAGAACCAGGUCACUCACCACAAGAAACAGGUCACUCACCACAGGAAACAGGUCACUCACCACAGGAACCAGAUCACUCACCACAAGAACCAGGUCACUCACCACAGUAACCAGGUCACUCACCACAAGAACCAGAUCACUCACCACAAGAAACAGGUCACUCACAACAAGAAACAGGUCACUCACCACAGGAAACAGGUCACUCACCACAGGAACCAGAUCACUCACCACAAGAACCAGGUCACUCACCACAGUAACCAGGUCACUCACCACAAGAACCAGGUCACUCACCACAAGAACCAGGUCACUCACCACAGUAACCACGUCACUCACCACAAGAACCAGGUCACUGACGACAAGAACCAGGUCACUCACCACAGUAACCAGGUCACUCACCACAAGAACCAGGUCACUCACAACAAGAACCAGGUCACUCACAACAAGAACCAGGUCACUCACCACAGUAACCAGGUCACUCACCACAAGAACCAGGUCACUCACCACAAGAACCAGGUCACUCACCACAGUAACCAGGUCACUCACGACAAGAACCAGGUCACUCACCACAGUAACCACGUCACUCACCACAAGAACCAGGUCACUGACGACAAGAACCAGGUCACUCACCACAGUAACCAGGUCACUCACCACAAGAACCAGGUCACUCACAACAAGAACCAGGUCACUCACAACAAGAACCAGGUCACUCACCACAGUAACCAGGUCACUCACCACAAGAACCAGGUCACUCACCACAAGAACCAGUUCACUCACCACAAGAACCAGGUCACUCACCACAAGAACCAGGUCACUCACAACAAGAACCAGGUCACUCACAACAAGAACCAGGUCACUCACCACAGUAACCACGUCACUCACCACAAGAACCAGGUCACUGACCACAGUAACCACAUCACUCACCACAGUAACCAGGUCACUCACCACAGUAACCAGGUCACUCACCACAAGAACCAGAUCACUCACCAC